UGAGACCUGAGCGCAGAGGGCCUGGGCGGAAACCUGGAAGCGCAGCAGUGCAGCCGGAUCAGCCUCUUCGCACCCAGCAUCUGUCUUCUGUCUUCACCAGGCCCUGAGCACCAUGGCGUACCACAAAGAGUUCGAGACUGCAGGAAAGAAGCCCGGCCUGCAGGUGUGGCGAGUGGAAAAAAUGGAUUUGAAACCUGUCCCGACUGAACUCCAUGGAGACUUCUUCACCGGAGACUCUUACAUAGUGCUCUACACCACCUCUGCACCUUCUUACAACGUUCACUCGUGGAUCGGCAACGAAGCUUCCCAGGAUGAGAGAGGGGCUGCUGCUAUCUUCAUGACCCAGCUGGAUGAUUUCCUGCACGGAGCCCCGAGACAGUUCACUGAAUUUCAAAACCAAGAGUCAGUCACCUUUCUAGGCUACUUCAAGUCUGGCAUCAAAUACAAGAAAGGUGGAGUGGCCUCAGGCUUCCAGCACGUGGUGACCAACGAUGUAAAUGUGAAGCGCCUGCUGCACGUUAAAGGUCGUCGGAUGAUCAGAGCCACAGAGGUGGACAUGUCCUGGGCCAGCUUCAACAAAGGAGACUGCUUCAUCAUUGACUUGGGAAAGGAUAUCUACCACUGGUCUGGCAGUGAAAGCAAUCGCUUUGAGCGCCUGAAAACCACUGAGCUGGCCAUUGAUAUCCGCGACAACGAGAGAAAAGGCCGUGCUGAAGUACACAUGAUUGAAGAAGGCUCUGAGCCAGAAGAUGUCAUUAAAGUGCUUGGACCCAUGCCUACCCUCCCACCAGGAAGCUCAGACGAUGUAGCUGUUGAGAAGAAGAACAAGAACCAGGCAUCUCUCUAUUUGAUUUCUGAUGCUGCUGGCUCCAUGAAGACAACCAUGGUGGCUGAUAAAAACCCAUUCAAACAGGACAUGCUCUCCAAGAGUGACUGCUACAUCCUGGACAAUGGAGCAGACAAUAAGAUAUUUGUCUGGAAAGGAAAGGAUGCAAAUGCAGACGAGCGCAAAGCAGCACUGGCUGCUGCAAAGAAAUUCAUCACAGACAAAAAUUACCCCAAGAAUACUCAGAUCCAGAUAAUGCCAGCAGGGGGUGAGACCACCCUGUUUAAGCAGUUCUUCUUCAACUGGCUGGACAAGGAUGAGACUACAGGACCAAGUAAGGCCUACACCAUCGGUCGCAUUGCCCGGGUGGAGCAAAUUCCUUUUGAUUCCUCCACACUCCACAGUAACAAGAUCAUGGCUGCCCAGCAUGGCAUGGUGGACGAUGGCUCUGGGAAAGUCCAGAUUUGGCGCGUGGAAGGAGGUGAUAAAGCUCUUGUGGACCCAUCCACAUACGGACAGUUCUUCGGAGGUGACUGUUACCUGGUGCUGUACUCCUACAACGAAGGAAGCAGAGCGAAGCAUAUCAUCUACACCUGGCAAGGACAGAAGUGCACCAAAGAUGAACUGGCUGCUUCAGCCUUUCUCACCGUCAACCUGGAUGACUCCAUGGGUGGAGUAGCUACACAGGUCCGUGUCACUCAGGGCCAGGAACCCCCUCAUCUCGUGAGCCUGUUUAAGCACAAGCCUUUGGUCGUCCACCUGGGUGGAACGUCCCGCAAAGAGAGCAACCAGAGCAAGCCCACCACGCGACUCUUCCACAUCCGCCAGAGCUCCACCAAAGCCACACGGGCUGUCGAGGUGGAGCCCACGGCCUCCUCUCUGAACACUAAUGACGUGUUUGUGCUGAAGUCACCCAACUCCCUGAUCCUGUGGAUGGGAAAGGGAGCAACUCCAGAGGAGAAGGCAGCAGCUAAGUAUGUCGCCAGCCUGCUUGGAGGAACUGCCACUGAGGUGGAGGAGACCAAGGAGCCAUCUGAAUUCUGGGCAGCACUGGGUGGGAAGAAGGACUACCAGACCUCCAAGACCCUGCAGAGUACAGUCAGGGCUCCUCGACUGUUUGGCUGUUCAAACAAGACUGGCAGGCUGAUAGCAGAGGAGGUGCCAGGUGAGUUCACGCAGCUGGAUCUGGCAGUCGAUGAUGUCAUGAUUCUGGACACCUGGGAUCAGAUCUUCAUUUGGGUUGGAAAGGAAGCCAACGAGGCAGAGAAAACUGGAUCGCUGAAGAUUGCCCAAGAUUAUUUGAAUUCUGACCCCUCCGGCCGUCGCGGUAUCCCCAUCAGCAACAUUAAACAGGGCGAGGAGCCAUUGUCCUUCACGGGCUGGUUCCACGCCUGGGACCCCAAGAUGUGGGACAAAGAUAUUCUGCAGCGAAUGCAUGAGCGCAUCAAAAAGCAUUAGCAGAAAAUCACAAAGCAGUAACUUCUGCAAAACAAGAUGGAAGCCUUCCUGAAACGUGUAACAUGUGGUGAGCUUGGCAUUUCAAAAUCCUUUGUGGGUGCGGGGCAGCAUGGAGACACAUUAAGCGUUAAAGAUUUCACAUUCCAUUUUGCAACACAGAUGUCGUUAGCAUCUCAGAGACAACACUCUGAAAUAACAUUCACACUGUGGUAUUAAGAACACAGACAGACUCUAAAAUAUACUGAAUCAAAGCUUUGCUGGAAAAGUGGGAUUUUCUUCGCUGCUUGUUUCCAAUUUUACACGUUCACUAAAACAAGAAAUUGUUUACAGUGUAGUGAAAAUUCAUUAUGCACUAUGUUUCCCAAGUUCAGUAUGCCUUUAAGGAAAUUUUGAAAAUAUACUUUUCAUAUGAGGUAAUGGAAUUUUAAUCUACAUAAAUUUCUUUGUGUUUGUGACCAAAAAGUGUAUAUUUUUACUUAAAAUGUCCCUUUGUACAGCCCGGAUGGCUACAACUGAAGUUAGAUUGAGAAAUUCUGCAUUUUAAUAAAAGCAUCAUCUUUUUUGAAAAUUA